AUGAAUCCCGAGAUCUUGGAGGUCUUGGGAGGCUCAAAGGGGAAGCGUUCGUCACUUCCAGGGCUUCGUCGCGGCAAGGCGGUUGGUGCAGCGACAUCCGUUCCCGUGUGGCCCAUCGUUUUUGUCUCUCCUCAAUUUAUUGAUCAGGCGCCGUCCACUAUUUGCCGACUCAACUUUUACGCAAAAAAGGACCUACCGCAGCGAUAUGAUCACAUUGUCGAACUGAGAGGCGCGCCUAUUGCAUCUGGAACGUACGACGUGCCGGAGACCUCUCCCUAUCUUGAAGACUUCUCCAGCGCAACCCGGAUAGAUGUAGCUGAAUAUUUAUCACUAGGAUCUGUAUGCCCCUUAGAUGAGGUUACAGUAACUGGUCUUGGCGGUUGCUCAGGGAUGCGGAACAGGCUAAUUGCGCGUCUCCACCAACUACUAAAUGGGGCGAUUAUCACUCCGCGGACAAGGCUUAUCAUUCGUAUUGCUGGACACACCUACCACAUUGCGUUUACUUUUCCGCCUGGUGUAGAUGUCGAGGACGUCUGCCUCUAUGCUAUCACCUCAACCACAACUCUAUUCACAGAUGCACUCUCUAUACAACGGCACACAAUAGGUCCACAGGGGGCUGAGUCAGACGCUGCUACUUCAUAUUUCCGUACAGCACCACCAAAGGUUCACGAGGUGUUUUCUUUGAUCAGAGCUCGCCUCAGUAAUCCUCGCUCAUUAGGAAUCGUCAGUGCCUUGCUCUAUGGCCUCCCUGGGAAUGGCAAAUCCAUGUUUGCAAAUGCAGCUGUUUCUCGGCUGAACCAUCUAGCCAUUCGCACAAACCUCGUUACUCUCGAUUUGGCCACGGCCGUUGAGUACCUAGAUACGCACGUGCUUUCCUCGCAAUUAGAUCGGCCUUCGUACCCGGCAGUACUUCUAUUCAUUGAUGAAAUUGAUAGCGAACAAGCAGAGCAUGCUUUUACAAACUUCCACACACGAAUAAAGCUUCUUCGGGAAGGUCCUUACCGCAUUUUUAUCCUCGCUGCAACCAAUAGGUUGGCAAGCCUCCCGUUGAGUGUCGUUACAUGUUCAUUUUCUCUAUCUGUUGAGUUUCGCGCACCUGAGUAUGCACAGCGGUUGGAACUUCUCAGAAGCAAUUAUUUGUCUAUUGCAGAUAUGCUACACAAGCAAUGGGCGUUGGAAACGGUUGAGGAUAAUGCGGAUCCACCUCCUUGCUUAGACACGGGACCUACGUCCAUCGAAGUUCUGGCUGAGCGGUUCGAAGGCCUCUCCUACGCCGACAUAGCCUUUAUUUUUGUCCAACUGCGUCACCACAUUUUAUCCGAUAAGGCUACCAAUCUUAGCGUGAGUGAGAUCCAGGAUAAACUAAUUCAACUCGCUGGUGCCGCAAGGCCGUCGUCCCUCCUUUCCUUUGACAUUGUACAGAUUCACGAAGCACAGAUUGGUGGGCUUGACGACGAACUGGAUGCUAUCAGAAAGAUGAUGUCUUCCCCCUUCACAAACUCCUUACUGAUCUAUGGUGAACCUGGCUGCGGAAAGUCUCAGAUCGGUAGAUACCUUUCCUCCGUUCUCCACUAUCCGCUGCUCUCGAUUGCUAGCACACAGUUAAUCGGCAGCUAUGUAGGAGAGACAGAGAAGGCAAUCGAGCGUGUUUUUCGAAUAGCACGGGCUUCUCAACCCGUGAUCAUCUUCUGGGAUGAGAUAGAUGCCGUCUUUCCGACGAACUCUUUUUAUAAGUACAUGGAUCGCGCAAUCACCACCUUCUCCAGUUGCAUUGAUGAUAUCGUAGGAACUAAGGUCUUUUUAAUUGCGGCUACUAAUAAGCCCGCAUCUAUCCACAGUGACGCUCUUUCUCGAUUCUCCCACAAGUUCGAGAUUACACGGCCAGCUACACGCGAUCAGGCGCUUUCAAUCUUUACUGCCUGCUUGGGAGGACUGCCACUGACGUCUGAACUGAGAGAAACCCUACCUCUAUAUGCGGAAAAGAUGAUAGGCUUUACAGGAGCCGAGAUAGCUGCGGUCGUCAAUCUAGCAUCCCUUAAUGCUAUUGCUCGUUGUGUAGAUGCGCAGCAGCGCCACUUUGAUGACCCUGCGGAGGCAGAGACACUAUCAGCGGCGGACUUCCUGGCAGCGUUAAACAUAAAGGCCGUUCACUGA